AUGGACAUGCUCGACUUUGGCUGGCUCCUCUCACCGGGACGCCUCUUCUCGGGCGACUCCUUCGGUCGUGGUAGCCUCGACCAGGGAGACUCGCCUGCUUCGGCACCCUCGCCGCUCGCUGGCGAGGACGUCGUUGCGGGCUUCGUCGGCGGCGCUGCUGCGGACGGGCCGUUGCCUACCACUGGCAGUGACGCUGAGUGGCGUCAGCUUGGCGGCAACGGUCUCGAACCUGCCACUAUCGACGACGCGGCAGCUGCAGCUGGAGGAGGGCCGAUGUGGCAUUUCCUUUACUCUCGCUAUGCCCUCUCCCUCGUCGUCAUUGGUAUUCUGGCCAACCGAAUACAGCAUGUAUGCAGACCGCGUUCACGCCCUGCACGGCUCGUCUCAUGGAAGCGGCUCCUCGUCCGCCUUCCUGCUCUCCUCGCCUUGGCCUACGUAACGGUGAGCCAAGGAGCAAGAGUCCUUCAGCUCUGGUCAGCAGCCGCAUCCUCAGAUACCAACAGCGGCUGGCUGGCUCGCACUCUCCUCCAUCUUCUUCCCAACAGCAUGCAGCAGUCUCCAGCGCAGCACGGAGCUUUCCUCGUCCAGCAGAAUCGCGACAAAGAGCUCAUGUGGCUCACCCACCUCGCCGCCUGCAUAAGCGUCGCGACGGACACGCUCGUCCGCACCCUGGAAGGCGUUUCAGACCCGAGCCCUUCCUUCAACUUGGUCGGAUUCGCCCUCACGAUUCAGGCGCAUACAUCGCUGCCUCACUUGACAUUCAACGUCCACUACUUCCUCUUCGUCUUCCUGCAAAUCGCAGAGGUGUUCACUCUCGCACUCAGUGCCACUUUCCAACGCCCUCCGCUCAGACGGCUGAGCAUUACGACCUUCUUCGGCUUGACGGGAAUCCUUCACUGGGUCCUCGCAGAAAAUGGCGUACCGCGUCCCCUCUCGUCGAGCACGCUCUUCUUUGUCGGGUUCGACAGGCUGCCAGAGCUUUGCCUCAUGGCCGUGAUCGGAUUGACCGUCUUCCUGCAUGCCCUCACCAUACUCCUCACGGAGGCUCCCUCACAACAAGCCGGCGGGUGGGGCACAAUAGACUGGGGCCGACUGGUAUUCUCAUCCUCCAAUCUGCCAAGUAGAGACGACGACUUCUCCCUCGCUCUCUGCAAGCUGGGAACCGCCUGCCUACAGUCGACGCGCCAGAGCGGCCUGUCACGGGAAAUGGUGGCCAUCGAGGUGCCUGAGCGCACCUACGUCGAGGUAGACGAUGAUGUCACGCGUACAAGCAGUGGAGUAGAGCGUGGCGCGCGAGUGCGGGUCGGGCUCGAUGGGCUUAUCAAGGGCCCGGGUGCAGAGGGGAUGCACAACGAAAUCAGGAUGACCAUCCCGCGUGAGGGGAAGGGAGCGGAUGGUAGUGGAGCGUACAAGGGUGGCAGCACGUACGAGAGUGCCCUUCUCCUCUCCCCGACCAAGUGGAGAGAAGUGAAGCGCUUCCUCUUCUCCCUCUACUCCGUCCUAGCCCACAUCACUCGCGCCAUGUACACGCGAUUCAUCCGGCCGAUCCUUCCUCGCUGCCCUGCAUGGGUACGCAAAUUGCCUCGCUGGGCUCGACUAGCAUGGCACGGCCAAAAUGGAGAGCGUGAGCGUGAAGUACGCCUGCAGAGCAAGAGGGAGGAGGAAGAGAGAAAGAAGAAGCUGAAGGAUGAGGCCUUGAAGGCCAUGCUUGAGCGCAAUGGGGUACGGGUGGCGGAUGGGGAGGAUGCGACUGAGGUGGCCUGGAGGGUCAUGAGAGAGAGGAAUGCGGCAGCCUCUUCUUCGAGAGAUACAGCGACGUCGUUAGGACCAACAUUUCUUGCUGGUGGAAGCGCGAGCACGGCGCCAAGCGCCGAAGAGCUGGGCAUUGAUGCUCGGCUGUGGAACUAUCUGCGACGCAGCGGCAGCCAACGCGGCGCUGACUUAGCCAUCGAUGAGGAUGAGGACGAGUCCGAUGAAGACUGGACAGACGGCGAGGGCGAGGACGAGGACGAUCUCGAAAGCGUCACCAGCAUGGUCGAUGACGAGUCUCGCGCACGCUCGCGGUCCCGCUCAAGAUCACGCUCCGUCUUCAGCCCAACACCAACACCGGAAGACGUCCAAGACCCUGACGAGUCGCUCUCUCUUCUCCAACUGGCCCGGCUCGACUUCGGCCCGGCGAGCGGGGCGGCAACUCAUCACGACGGUGAGGGCGACGCCUUCUCCCAGGUACUCCUCGCCCAUGUCUCAUCACGGGAAGAAGUACCCCUCACUAGAGCGAGAUAUCGCGCUCUGCUUGGGCCUGGCUCCUCAGCGCCGACCGUGCUCGCCUCAUCUUCUUCGGCCAUCUCCCCUGCCGUGUCAGCAGACCCCGAGUCUCAACGGCUUCGGGACGUCCUGCUCGCACGACGACGCCCGCAUCCACCCAGUGGCGAGGACGAAGACGAAGAGGAGCGCUCGCGCCGUCGUCUUUGCGUUGUCUGCUGCUACGAGGAGCGUACAGUCCUCUUCUGGCCCUGUCGCUGCCUUGCACUCUGCGAUGGCUGUAGGGAGGAGCUGGCUAGCCGCCCCGGAGCCAAAGGUGGUGCUGCACGGGAGGGCGGCGGAGGAGACGGGGGCGUUGGUGGAAUGCACCACUGCCCUACUUGUAGGGCAAAGGUCAGGGGGUUCAGUCGCGUCUACCUGCCCUAG